AUGUCGCUAUUACUUCUUGUUGGUGCGGCUGGCGCAGCUGGUGUAGCUGGUUAUGCAUGGGCUAAACAUCGACAACGUCGCGCUAUAGCGAACGGAUAUGUGACAUAUCAUGAUAGUGGCUAUGGUUCUCCACAGUACGGUCAUUUCCAUUAUGGUGAUACAGGACGCUAUCGGCAUGGAGGAAAUUCUCGUUAUACAUACCAUUAUACCAGUCGAUAUUAA